AUGGCCAACAACGCAUUUCUUACCGAUGAGGAGAUCACCCAAUUCUUGGAUCAGCUGGACCGCUACAGGGACGGGAAAAUCGACUAUCGGGAAUUGCAGCACAGGCUCGACCAAGCCCACAACGACAUCACGCCGGAUCCACAGCCGGACAACAUCUAUCACGACGCCAAGGAACGCCAUCGUUUCCUGCGCAGCAUCGUCGGCACCGACGAGGACCACAUCCCCCGAGCCGAGCUUGCUCAGCGGAUUCGGGAGUGGGAGAUUCCUUCGUUGGAGCAAUCCAGGAAAGAGGAGCAGGAUGAGAAGGACUACGUGAGCAACCUGUCGAUAUGGAGACGGGUGCGCGCCUACUGGGCGGUGCACGGCCCGGAAUUUCUCUUCAUUGCCCUGGUCGUCGGCAUGCAGCUUGCUUUCGGAGUCUGGCAGCUGGUCAAGUACGUCGUCAUCGUCGAAUACCGCGAGGCUUUCGGAUGGGGUGUCGUGCUGGCCAAGGCGUGUGCUGGCGCCCUCUGCCCGACCUUCUUCUUUCUCAUCCUGAGCAUGAGCCGAUACUUUUCGACUAUUCUCCGGAGAUCAUACCACAUCUCUCGCUUCAUCAACUUCGAUCUGUCUCAAGAGUUCCACAUCAAGAUUUCCUGCGUGGCUCUUGCGCUUUCGACUCUGCACGCAAUUGGCCAUUUGACCGGGACCUUCAUCUACGGCACUUCACCCCAAAGUCAGGCUAAAGUCGCCAUCCUGCUCGGACCCGCGGCGGCCAACCAGCCAUACAGUUCCUAUACUUCGUCUCUCCCGGGUUGGAGCGGUAUGGUAGCGCUUGGGCUAUUCUGGACGCUUGCCCUCUGCAGUAUGCCCGUGGUCCGCAAGUGGAACUACGACAUCUUCCAGCUCAGCCACCUGCUGAUGUACCCCAUCAUCGGCCUCCUGAUGGCUCACGGCACCGCUUCUCUCCUGCAAUGGCCCAUGCUCGGCUACUUCCUCGCCUUCCCCACGCUCCUGAUCCUCGUCGAGAGAGUGACGCGCGUGGUUGCCGGUUUCCAGCGCAUCCCGGCAACAGUCAGGAUCCUCGAUGGCGAGACGGUCGAGAUCAAGGCCGAGGUGCCCAAGGAGCGCAUCUGGAAGUACCAGGCGGGCAAGUACGUCUUCCUGCAGGUGCCACAGCUCAGCCUCUGGCAGUGGCACCCCUUCACCGUCUCCGUGUGCAUCGGCCGCGAGUUCCAGCUGAACAUCAAGACCGACGGCAACUGGACGCGCCGGCUGCGAGAUUUGGCAAAGGCGUCGCCAGACGGCAAGACGGCGCAGAUCGACAUCGGCAUCAACGGGCCCUUCGGCGCCCCCGCCCAGCGCUUCCACGACUUCAGCCACACCAUCGUCGUCGGCGCCGGCAUCGGCGUCACCUCCUUCUCCGGCAUCCUGGCCGACCUGCAAGCCCGCAACGACCGCGUCCACUCCUGCUCGCCCACCGACGAGAAGCAACGCGACAGGAAGCCCUCGCUCCGCAACUGCCACUCAGACUCCUCGCUCGCAUCCUCCGCCUCAUCUUCAUCCCACCCCGACUCCCACUCCCCGCUUCCCCCACCACCCGCCUCCGAGAACAAGCCCAACAAGAAACCCAACACGAGCAAACUCGAAAAAGCCCCGCACAACACCACCACCCCCUACGCCGCCGACUACCGCCGCUGCGACUUCCACUGGAUGGUCCGCGACCGCAACUACCUCUACUGGUUCUCGGACCUCCUCAACCGCAUCUCGCGCUCGCAGGCGCGCUACCAGCGGGCGCGGCGCGAGUCGCGCGCCCCCUCGACGCUCGACAUCCGCAUCAACACGCACGUCACGCAGCGGCGCGACGCGCUCGCCGUGCACGUCUACCGCUGGCUGCUGGAGAAGCAGCGGCGCCCCGCGCACGGCCGCCACCACCGCCCCAGCGUGAGCCCGCUGACGGGGCUCGUCUCGCCGACGCAUUUCGGCCGCCCGGACUUCGUGGCGAUCCUCGAUGAGCAUUAUGAGGACAUGCGGAGGUAUCGGAUGAGUCUUGUGGCGAGGGAGAGGGAGGAGGAGGAGGAUGUGGAGGGGAGGAGGAGGGGAGGGGGAGGCGGCGGCGCCGGUGCCGGUGCCGAGCCCGGCUGCUGCAUUGCGGGUAGGAGUGGGAAUCGGUUGAGGGUGGGCGUGUUCUUUUGCGGGGCGCCGGUCGUGGGCGAGAUCUUGGCGGAUCGGUGCAGUGCGUUGACGGCGAGGGGGCGGGCGGAUGGGAGCAGGGUCGAGUAUUAUUUCAUCACCGAGGUUUUUGGGAACAGUUUCUGCCGUUCUGAGAUUGCCGUCUUCCUCUUCGCCAAGUGGCAGUUCAGCCGCAGUUCCUAUACCAAAGGCGCCGAUAUGCAGCACGCGAAAUCCGGAUCCGUCGAGGAUGUCGAAAAAAUCGAAACUACGACACCGUUGCCGGAUGAUUUGCCAUUGCCGGAAUGCCUUGCUCACUUGAACUCGGACGAGCUUCGUCAACUCGAGAAGAGCCUUGUUCGGCGACUCGACUGCACGCUGUUGCCAGUGGUGUUGCUUUUGUUUCUGCUUAACAUCAUAGACCGAAACAACAUCGCCAGCGCGAAGAUUGUGGGCAUAACGGAGACACUCAACUUGACCAACAAUCAGUAUAACACGUGCCUGCUUUUGUUCUACGUGGGUUAUGUCAUCACGCAGGUCCCAUCGAAUCUCAUCAUCGGCAAAGUCAGGCCAUCACUCUACAUAUGCAGUAUCACGUCUGCGUGGGGCGUGAUAUCCAUGUGCCAAGGCUUCACCAAGAACUUCGCAGGCCUUGCCGUCACCAGGACGAUUCUUGGUCUCGUUGAGGCUCCGUUCUUGCCUGGAGUGUUCGUGCUCAUGUCAUGCUGGUACAAGCGAAGCGAGCUUCCGGUACGCAUCGCCAUUCUGUACGGCGGCAACAUGCUGGCGACGGCUUUCUCAGGCCUCAUCGCCGCGGGCAUCACAUCCCGCAUGGACGGCAAAGCGGGCCGGCCCUCGUGGGAAUGGCUCUUCAUAAUCGAAGGCGCCAUGACCACCGUCAUCGCCCUCCUCGUCAUCCCCCUCCUCCCCGACUACCCCCUCCAAUCCCCGCACCGCUGGCUCUCCCCCCCGCACCAAUCCCUCGCCGAGCACCGCAUCCGCGCCGAAAACGCCGGCAUCCCCGACACGGACCCCUCCAGCGCGCUCUGGGGCCUCCAACAGGCGCUCCUCGACCCCAAGCUCUACGCCUUCACCCUCCAACAAAUGUCCCUCAUCACCGCCCAAUCCUUCAACAACUUCUUCCCCUCCAUCGUCAGCACCCUCGGCUACCCCCCGACCACCACCCUCCUCCUCACCGCGCCCCCCUACCUCCUCGCCUUCCUCGCCAGCCUCCUCGUCUCCCUCCACGCCUCGCGCCGGUCCGAACGCGGCCUCCACAUCGCCGCCUGCCUCGCCGUCGCGCUCCUCGGCAACCUCCUCGCCAUGCUCGCGCCCGGCGUCCCCGCCCGCUACGCCGCGACGUUCCUCAUGACCGCGGGGGCGUACGCGCCGUACAACCUGUGCGUCGCGUGGCUGUCGGCGUCGCUGCCGCGGCCGCGCGCCAAGCGCGGCGCCGCGCUGGCGGUGGUCAACUUCAUGGGCGCGGGCGUCGCGCACUUUUACACGAGCUACAUGUUUCCCGAUUCGCAGAAGCCGCGGUAUUAUGCGGGCGGUGGCGUCAUGAGCGGGGCGUGCGUGGUGGCGGCGGCGGUGGCGGCGGGCAUCAAGUGGCAUUUGAGGAGGGAGAAUGAGAGGUUUGAGAGGGAGGAGCGCGAGGGGGGGCCGGAGGGGUUGGCGGCGGUGGGCCGGAAGAGGGGGAUUGUGGGGGCGAGGGAGGGGGAGGGGAGCGGCGCGCAGGCUGUGGUGAGGUUUCGAUAUGUGCAUUAG